AUGUCAAAGGGAGCCUCCCCGAUUUCAGGAGCCCGUUUUUCCGAUGCCAUCAAAGAUUUACCAUUAUCAACUCUUCAGAUCAAAACGGCUGAGCUGAGAAACAGUGUAGCUCAUUUAGACUAUUCAAAUGAGCAACUCAAACCUUUUGCAGACGGCAGCGAAAGUUCAUUAGAUGGAAAACCAGAUAAAGACUGCAUAGACGCCAUCAGUGAAAAUGAAGUCGUUAUUUCCAGAAUGCAGGAAAGAAUUCUACUGCUCAAAAGUGAGGUUGAAAAACGAGGACAUGACUGGCAAGAGUUUCAGAAAAGUGAAAAUCUAAAGCUUGACCAAGAAGAGACAUUAAAUGAUACAUCAUUAAAAUUUGCGGGACUCAAGGGCAACCUGAGUGAGGCUUGGCUCGAUGGAACUUUUACGACCGGCAGUAUCAUGAAUGGAAAAACAAAAAUACCUCAAACAUUCGAUGAAAAUAACCUAAUCCAAACCUGUGGUAAAGAACACACUAUUAACGAUAGCAUACUUCUAGAAAAGGAUGAAAAGCAAUCUAAGGUAGAAAAAAAGAAUGAGGAAGAAGAUGGCAUGUAUCUUUAA